AUGAUCGCCUGCGGUCCUGCGGUACUCCGCCUCACCAAAAAAGAAGCCAGCGAACGCAUCGUCGCGCCGCGUCCCCCGACCCCCGCCACACGCGCAACUGUCCCCAUCUCCACGCGCUGCGGCGAGCGGGGGGAGCUGCGCAAACAAGGCAAUCUGGGGGCAGCCCCUCUUCUCUGGCAUCGACGCCGUGCCGCGAACCCGCCCCUCAUGAAGCUCGCCCUCCUCGCCCUCGCGGCCACGACGGCGCACGCCGCCUGCCCGAACUCGUGCAGCGGCCACGGCACGUGCGGCGCCGACGACACGUGCACGUGCUACCAGGACUGGGUCAUGGGCGACCAGGACGGCGGCGACUGCUCGGACCGCCGCUGCCCCUACCAGGUCGCCUGGUCGGCCGGCCCCGACAAGACGGGCAACAUCCACACGUACGCCGAGUGCGCCGGCGUCGGCAUCUGCGACCGCGGCUCGGGUGACUGCGAGUGCUUCGAGGGCUACACGGGCCGCGGCUGCGGCCUCCAGACCUGCCCGAACGACUGCUCGGGCCACGGCGAGUGCGUCUACGCCGAGGACGUGACCUUCGGCACCGUCUACGGCGACUACAACGUAGACGCACCGUCUGGGGGCCUCGGCGUCGGCGCCGUCAAGAUCCCCCAAAAGCCCAACUGGGACUCGGGCAAGGUGCGCAUGUGCGUCUGCGAUCCGGGCUACACGGACAUCGACUGCUCGCGCCGCAUGUGCCCCAAGGGCAACGACGUCAUGGACGAGCGUUUGGACCUGGUCACGGCGCUCAAGUACCACAGGCAGUAUUUGGUUCUCAUUGGCGCCGGUGCGCUCGGCGACGGCGUCGCGUACGACGACGCGGGUGCCGAGUGCCAAACGUCGCAGAUCAAGUUCCAAUCUACCCAACCCACUUCCGACGCGUGCUUCGCCGACCUCGUCGGCCGCUCCUUCGCCCUCACGUUCACGUCCCAGCUCAACCAGUCCUACACGACGAGGCCCAUCGUCAUCGCGAAGAUCAGCGACCAGACCGGCAGCACCGACACCGAGAAGCGGGACGCCGCCCAAACGGCGACGGCCGCGGCCGUGAAGGACGCUUUGCGCGAGCUCCCCAACUACGUCAUCGAUGACUGCGAAGUGGACUGCUGGUACGAGGAUACCUCGGGCGUCGGCGCACACUACCCGUCCGUGAAGUGCGAGGUCGAGUUCACCGGGUCGUCCGUCGCGGGCCCCCAGUACCUCCUGGAGGUCGAGGCCGACAAGUGCGACUCCGGCUGCACGCCCCAGCUGUCGAACCCGGUCCGGCUCAAGUCCGCCCUGAGGCCCUCGACGGAGGGCAACCCCACGUGCCCAUACCCACCCUAUGAAUGUGGGACUGCCUUCUGGGGCAAGAGCGGGACGUAUGGUAUUGUGGGCACAGCGGGGAUUGAUGAUAGUGCUACGACGCUUCCCGUAACGGAUGGUGCUGAUAUUGGUGUAGAUGCAACCGGUCUUGACAAAUACAUCAUGGUCGGCAGCGAGGUCAUGCAACUUACCGCCAUCGCGGGUACGUCUCUGACUGUAGUGCGCGGCCACGAUGGAACGACUGCUGCGGCUCACGCCGGUGGAGAUAUAGUAUACCUCUUAUCCGGCACGACCAAGGGUUCUCAAGGUCCGCACCCGGACGUCCUCUCGCACGUCGCUGAGGAGGAGGCUGCCGACUACAACUCGUUCGAGUGCGGCCGCCGCGGCAAGUGCGACUACUCGUCCGGCGAGUGCGAGUGCUUCGAGGGCUACAUGGGCGACCGCUGCCAGACCCAGACGGCGCUCAUCUGA